AUGGGGAGCACUAGGGUUAUUGGUGCUGCAUUUUUGGUUUUGGUUCUAGUGGACUUGGCCUUUGCUGCCAGGCCGUUUAAGGGCGAAGGAGCAAAUGGUUUGGGGUUUGGAUAUGGUUCCGGAAGGGGAUCCGGGUUAGGUUCUGGUAGAGGGGGUGGAGGUGGCGGCGGUGGAGGAGGAGGUGGAGGUGGCUCUGGAUCAGGAAGUGGGUCUGGGUCUGGAUAUGGGUCCGGAUACGGGUCUGGAAGCGGUGGUGGAGGUGGUGGAAGCGGUGGAGGAGGUGGUGGAGGUGGAGGCAAUGGAAGCGGAUAUGGCUCAGGCUAUGGAUCUGGAUCUGGAUACGGAAGCGGAGGUGGUAGAGGCGGUGGGGGUGGUGGUGGAGGAGGAGGUGGGGGCGGCGGCGGCGGCGGCGGCAGAAAUGGUUAUGGACAGGGUUCAGGCUACGGCAGUGGGUCUGGCUAUGGUUCAGGGUACGCCGGCGGAGAAGAUGAUUACUCGCCAUAA